CAGUGAAUGAGAUCCCAGGGGAGGGAACAGGGAACUGAGGACGAGACGUUGGAAUGACCGCGGUAAUCUUUUUCCAACUUUGUUUUUCCGUGACAAUUAUUGUACCGGACCCCUUCUGAAGUCGUCUGCUAUGUUUCUGUUGAUAUUCUACGCAACUUUGUAGCUUCUUUCUACAAACACAUUGAUACCUAUCGGAUUUUCGGCAGAGUUUUAUCCCAGCAGGAAAGAAUUUCGUGUCAGAAAUUGGUUCAUUUAACAUCUCUGGAAACCCGAGGAAGAAUUCGGUGUGGAAGUGACUUACCGAACAUGUUUGAAGUGCAAAAAUAAAAAUAAGAGUAUUUUAACCGUCUGACGGAGCUAUUUCAAAGCCUACAUGUGAUUUACAACCCUUCUGGAUUAUAAGUGAAAGUUUGUGCGUGCAUUUUACACGCAACUUUUUAAAAAAUGAUAUUUCCUCUCGCGGUUUCUGAUCGCCAGUUAUUUUCAUUCUGCUCGUUUUCAUAUUGGAAUGCUCCCGAAGUAAUGGAAUGAAAAAUUAAAAUAACAAGUUUUGUAGUUUUUUUUCACUUUCUUGAGAAGAUUGACAAACUUUUUUUGGCAAUACGAGUUUCACGCUUCACCAUUCCCGUGGUUUAAAUAAGUAGACCUCGCUAGUCACGUUUUAUAACUGGAGGAUUAAACAUCGAGGAUAACUGAGUUUCGGUUCAAGGAUAUCCAUGUGGAAGUUUUUUUUUCCAGACCACUUAUGCUUCAUAUGAUAACAUACCGAGCUACCGCAUUUUCAAUAUAUCUUUUCUGUUACACUAAACACCGUGGAUUAAACGGAUUUUUUGUUAUGCUAAAAUAAUUUAUACAACACGUGUGCUGUGCCCGAGUCCAGAUGAGGGGGUUAAUAUUUGUGUGAAGUGCUACAAAGUUUCGCAAGUUUUUAACUGUAGCUGGGAGAACAGCUACUCUAAAUCUAUGGAGUACACCAAACCGCGUCUUCUUUAGGAAAACGAAAGUCUCUGGAUUUACUACACUAAAGAUCAAGUGAACCAAAACCAGAAGGAAUCUGACAUAUUAACGUUUGCACCAGGAAUACGUUUCCAUCAACCAGGAAUUCUUUUAAUCUUGAGUGCAUUGAGGAAUGGAAAGACAGGACUGUGUGUUCCCAAUAUUUACUUCAGCGCUUCGCCUUGUUUACGCAAACAGUGUUCGGCCUCUUCUUUGUUACGCCGGUUAGCCAAAAAUGUUUUCGAGUAGACAUUUACCAAGUGUCGUGUUGAAGCAAAACGGUAUUUUCCGCCACACCAUUCAAUAAAGCAGGCGUGUUCAAAUGCACGCUCGGUUUGCACUCGGGCGAGCAAAAACAGAAGUGUGUUUUCUAAGUGACAGUUUUCCUAUCUGUAAUUGCACGUACCACAAUGACCGGUUUCCGUGCCUUUUUUAGAAAUUGUCUGCCGGAGAAAAGAACUUUGAACCCGGGUUCCAGUUCGACGACCAAACCAUAGGAAAUCGGGUUCUCGAUUCAAGGAUUUUAAAGCAACCCACGUGCAAGAGGAGUUUGGAUACCGUGUCUGCAGAUUGACUUCCACAGGUUGCAGCACAGUUUUUGAGGGGGGUGGGGGGGGAGAAGAAGGAGGGGAGGGGGUCUUUUUGCUGGUGGAGUAACUGGAGUAGGCUGACCGCUUUCCAGCACACGAUGCGCGGCCGGCGCCCGCCGCUGCAGCCGGGGCAAUGACCGUAAGUCGGCGGCAACUGCCCGGGCUCUGGCCGUGGCUGCUAAUGGCGGCCCUACAGGUGGUGCUCGGGCAGACGGGUCUGGAGCUGGCGGCGGCGGUGGAGUCGGAGCGAUCGGCACCCAAAGCUGUCAUUAAGGUGACACUGCUGAAACAGGAGCCGGCGGGCAAGCCCAUCACUCUGGAAGGAGUGUUCGCCGGCGCCAGCGUAAGAGCUUCCGCUGAAGGAAAGCUUAUGCAGUCCCAUCCACUGUCCCUGUGCAACACCAGCGAUGACGAGCGACAGGAGAGCAUCUUCAUCAGCAUAGUGAAGCUGGAGAACCCUGAACACAAAGUCCCGCGGUGCCAGACGCUGAUGGAAAAGGCUCAGCUGGCAUUGGACCGAGGGGCUCAGGCAGUCAUUUUUGAUGUCACUGAUGACGCUACUGCAGCAGCUGAGCUGCGUGACCCCAGGGGCCUGCCUCGUCCCGUGGUGCUUGUCCAGGCCAGAGACGCCGAGGUCCUGAUGGGCCUGGUCAACAGGAACGAGGAGGCCAUGGUUCAGAUUGAGGUCAAGAUUGAGCCAAACAAAUGGCCUCACUACGAUGUGGGAAUCCUGCUCACUGUGGUCCUGGCCAUGCUAGCCAUCAUCAUCAUCUUCGCUUUCCGAUUCAAGUGCAAACAGAACAGGAACCAGGAUUCCAUUCACCAGCAGACAGUCCGUGCCAUCAACCGAUUGGGCACGCGGACGUACACUUCUCAGGGUCGCUCGAGGAACCAGAGGACCCGAGGUGGCAGGGACUCGGGCAGCAGCAGCACCUCCACUCCUGUGUGCGCUAUCUGUCUGGAGGAGUUCCUGGAUGGGCAGGACUUGCGAAUUAUUUCUUGUUCUCACGAAUUCCACAAGGAGUGUGUGGACCCCUGGCUGCUGCAGCAUCGCACCUGUCCCCUCUGCGUGCACAACAUCAUGGAAACUGAUGGCGUCCCUCAGUCAGCGCAUCCCAGCAGGCACCAGCAGAACAUGGAGCACAACCAGAGGGUCCUGCUUCUCCAUCACUACCCCCGGCACCCCCCUCUCCACCAGCACCCUAUCGCCAUCCCUGUGCACCAUUACCCCCGGCCGCCCACCGGGCAGCUGGGGCACUAUGGCAUCUCCCCCCCCCUGGACCCCAGAGCCCUCCGCUGCGUGCCCAGCAGGCAUCUGGGGGCGGGCCCAGGCAGGUGCAGCUAUCACCGGAACGAGGGCCUUCUGGGCCACUAUCACAGGACUAGCACCGCCUGCCGGCCCCCAGCAAACCCGGAGCCUCACUGCCAGCCCCGCAGCUGCGCCCCUGCCUACUGCCCCUCCUGCGCGGCUCCGCGCGGCGGCUCCAGCUCCCGCCUCCCCUUCGCCCCCGGCAGGGGCGCGGCUCCCAGCCGGCAGGACGAUGGCAGCUGCUCGGGGGGGAGCUACCGGACAGAACGGAGUGGCUACCUGGCGGACGGCCCGGCCAGCGACUCCAGCUCAGGCCCCUGUCACGGCUCCUCCAGCGACUCCGUCCUCAACUGCACAGACGUCAGCCUCCAGGGCGUUUACGGCAGCUGGUCCACUUUCCGCAGCUCCCUGAGCAGCGACUACGACCCCUUCGUCUACUGCGGGCAGGGGCAGGGGCAGGGGCAGGGGCAGGGCAGGGGCGCGGGGGACAGCCGGGACGUAGGGGCCAGGCCCAGGUCUUUGGACUCCAUGGUGAACCGGACCUGUCCGGAGGAGAAGGUGUUCAGCCACGUCCACUACCACCGGCACCGGCACCAUCACUACGACGAGGUGGACCGCGGGCAGGGGCCGGACAGGGGAUCGGACGAGGAGCUGAACGCCGGAGCGGCUCCCGUCCCAGAUAGCAUGAUCCCGGAGGCCGACCCUUCCCGCUGCCAGCCCUGCCAGUGCCCUAAACCGGCCCCUGACCCCCACAGGGCGGAUGUGCCAGAGAGCGAGCUGCCAGCGGACGCUUGCUCGGGCACCGCCACGCUCCCUCCCCCAGCUCCCCAGCCACCCUGCUGUCACCACGGACCCAGCCGGCACCACCGCCGGAAAAAGGGUGGCGUCCCCGACGGCCCGGCUGUGCACUUUCACCAGAGCCUGGACACGCAGGAGGACUGCAGCAUUUACGUCCACUACGGGCAGGGGGCGGGCUACUGCUGCCCCCCGGACAUGCCUCCCCUCCUGCCCGUGCCCCUGAUCCUGGACUCGGCCGGCUCGGCGGACUGGCCGUGCUGCUCCGGAGCCCGUGUGGUGUGGCGGCAGCAGCUCCAGCAGGCAGAGUCCGAGCCCCAGCUCCAGGCCACAGGAACCGCCCUGGACAGGCCCCACAGGCGGCUCCAGUCAGGGCCCGAGGCUCCGCCGGACAUGUGCUUAUACUGCCAAAAUGUACACACCCAUCAGGGAUCAGAAGAGGAGUCCGGGGUGUGAGCACACAGUAUAAUCCCAAAUUGUGCUGCUACAAGGAGACUUGAUGGACAAGCAAUUCCAGAAACUUGUUAAACAGUCUUCCAAAAUAAUUCCAUACUGUUAUUGCAUUGAAUACAUGUCCUCUAGUUGCCCCAAGUUCCCUAAAUAUACUGGAGAUCAUCUGUGUUUUUUGACGGGUAAUUUCCAUUGGCCUUAUUGGAGUAAUAUGUUUAGUCCACGAAUUGCGUUAUGGGAAUCAGGACAGAAAUCACAACAGUGAUUCAGCAAAGCCAGUGUGAGUGUCGCCCGCUCUCCUUGACGUGAGAUCAACUCAUCAAGUUGUACAAUAUGAAAGUAGCACAAGCGCAGAAUGAUUUGACAAAGUUUUUUUUCCAUCCUUACAAAAAGACUAAGAAAUAUUCCAUGAAUCUAUUGCAUGAAAUGUCAAAAAUGAAAUUAUUUUUCUAUAUUGUUUAUAUUUGGAGCAUAGCUCACUCUGCGGGUGUUGUGCCAGCAAUUCAACCAUGAGGAUUUGUUCCUCAGUGGCCCCAGUGUGCCAGCCCAGGGGUCGGUGUGGUGAAUCAUGGCCUGAAGAGAGCUUUGUCCAUUCCUCUACUUGGACAUGUAUUUAUUUUUUUCCCCAAAUGUUUGAAACAUCUUGAAAUUUCUGCAUCUGGAACUUGGGUCUCCUGGAGGCUGUUAAUCACAAGGGAAAUUGACCAUAUAAAGUGGAAUGACGUGUUGUGCGUAUUGCAGUUAGGACUUCAACAAAGAAGUCAAAAACACUUCCCAGUUUCCUCAGUGACCCAUUCUCUGUGCCCAUUGCCAUAGGAAGGAGCAGUUAGAGAUCACAGUCUCUCUGAAAUGCAGAAUUACUUUUCCCCAUUUCUCUCACAAUAAAUCAGCCCACCCUGCAUUUCAACGUGGCACAUUUCUCCUUUAUAAGCUUCAGUAAACAGCUGUAGGUUCUUGUGAUCUUGUGAGCCUAUAUAGUCUAUUAGAAUUAAUUAAUGUAUUAACAUGCGGCCAAUUGCCUUAUUCUCACUGUAUAGGAAAUGAGUCCAUAAUUGUGACAGGGUUUUAUGUGAAAUCAGUCAAAUUCACUGCUUCAGGGAGACAAUCCUAGACGAUUAACACUCAAGAGACACUUGUGAAUGAUUUGAAGACGCCGAUUUUCCAGAAUUAAGAGAUCGUACUCUUUCGUACUCUGGUUUCAUUUCGGUUGUUUUCACCGAGUGGUUUUGGGAUCAUGUCAGACCUUUUAAUCGUACUUCAGCACUUUUCUCAGUACAGCUGUAUGGCUGCCUUGUGCUGUGACUGCUUAAGCAAGCAGGAAAUAAGAAGUCUAUCCCUGUAGGACCACACUAGCCCAGAGAACAGACCUGCAAGUAAGUUUCUCGGACCUUGGGAAUAGAUUUGAUUAGGCAAUGAGCUUGCAGAGCUCAUGGUUUCCCUCAGUUUUGUCACCCCUCAAGCAGAGACAUGACUCCAUGGUAGCACUGAGAAAUGUGCUAACUUUGCAUUCUCAGAAACCGGCCUGUUCUUUUUUUGUCAUCAUCUUGACAAUUCGCAAAAUGGAAUUUUUUACUCUCCCCUCACCUUUAGGUGGUGUCUGAAAAUGGUAUCAAGGAAAGUUUAUAACCUCAGUUUGUUUUCUUAGUAUUUUCUGUAUACAAUAAGGUGUUCUAACCUGCUUUCUCCAGGCUACCUCACAGUACAAGCAGUCUGAACAAGUGGAGUGAUGGAGGACUGUCUCCAUAGUUCAGCAGGAAUUCCUUUAGCUCCCUUCAGUCACUGUAUACUUUAACAAGGAAAUAAUUAUACAAAGCAGACUUCUCUGUACCUCACAAUUCUCUCGGAUGGCUUUUCUGUACAACUGUUUGAAUCCUGAGGCAGUGAGGAGGCUCAGAAUGAUGUCACUGAGGACUGCGGUAUGAGUUAGCAAUUCAACAAAGGCAGCUGUUUCAUUUUUUUUUAUCUUUUGUUUUUCAAUUGUUGAGAGAAAAAAAUUGACUGAAAACUUUGUACAAUUUACAAAACUAUAUUGCUGUUUAGUUGUUCAUGUUGCCUAGCAUUAUUUUUUCAGAAUGUUUUUUUUUAAAGCAGCAGAGACUGGGGUCUGUAGGCUAGCCUAUACAACAGUGUUUUCAAUAAUGUUACAUUUUUAAUUGGACGGUUUUGUUUCUUUCCAAAACAUUUGAAAAAUGUUGGGAAGCUCAUACUAAACCUAUCAGGCAUUUAACGGGUUUUAAAAUGUGUAGCGGGAAAAAAAAUCUGUAGCAUUUGCAGGUUUUUAAAGUACAAACUGUGUACUAUUUCCAAGCUCGACCUUGCGUGGAUUGCAAAGCUGGUAGUGAAAUGUCUAGAACUUUCCCCAAAAGUACAGCCUGAAUGGAACCACAGCGAGAAUGUGAAUAAGGACUUUUCUGUUUGUUUUUUGCCUUUAUGGAAAAGUGGAAGUGUUCUCUCAGACAGGAGGACAGCGAAAAGCCCCAGUGUCCUGAAGAUGAAGUGGUAAUAGCACUUAGCCAAUUCUACAGUAUGUGUAGUCCGGCAAUCAGGUAUCAUUACAAAAGCAAUUCUGUUGCUGCCUGACAGAAUCCUGGGAACUCCCCCCAAAAUCUUUGUGAUUAAUGCCCUUUCAGUUUAGCAUUGAAUCAUGUGAUCAAUAGUUGCAUAUAUACUAAACAAAGAUUUCUAUUGCCUUAUUUUUUAAUAAAAUAACCAAUUCCUCAAUAGACAAGCAGUAAUUCUCAUUCUGCACUUUUUAAAUCGAAUUCAAAGCUAAAUAAAGAAAAUGUCACAAUUAAACCACUAUGCAACUGUCACUGAGCUGUUUAUUUUAGCUGAAAUACUCUAGCAAGAAUAUUUUGCCCUUUAAAUUUUUUUAACCUUUCAAAUGUAGAAUGAGCUGAAACUGCCUUUUUGUAAUAGAAAGUGAUCCUAAUAGAGACUCAAGGGAUCUGUCAGUAUAUUUUUCGAUACUUUUAUGUAAAGAAAAAGAAAAAAGAUAAAGUGUUGUAUUUUAUAUAUAAUAGAACAUUUCAAUAUGGUAAUAUGACGCUAAUAUAUUUAUUUACUAAUAUAUUUAUCCUUUUUUGCCAGGUCUGUAAAAAUAAAUGUUUCUGUUCUGUACAAAAAUAUAUAUAUAUGAUCAGUGUCAUCACACAUAUAAAGGCCUGGCUCCA